AUGAUAACUAGUGGUUCUCCAGAAAUUUGCUGGGUUAAAAAUUUUAGAUUGUCAAAAAGUGCAUUUAUAGAUUUGGCCGAACAACUUAAACCAUACAUAGCCCCUAAUCCGAAAUCCCCUAAUUAUAGAGCUUUGAGCACAGAAAAAAAGCUUGCAAUUACUCUAUACUAUCUUAAAGAUACUGGUUCUUUAUUAAUGACAGCCAACUGUUUUGGGAUUGCAGUAAAUACCGUCUCUUUCAUUAUUACACAAGUGUGCGAAAACAUUGUUUAUCACCUAGGACCAAUCUAUAUAUCUCUACCAAAAACAGAAACCGAAAUGAGACAAAAGGUAGCUGAGUUUGAAUCCAAGUUUGGAAUGUUUAUGGAUGUAGAAUGCGUUUGGCCUGGAAGUGUUCACGAUAGCAAAGUAUUUGCAAACUCAUCCAUAAACAGAAAAUUACGCAAUGGUUCCUUACCAGGAACAUUUCAAUCAGUAUUACAUGUAUACGAAAAAAUUAGAACAUAUAUUAUUGGUGAUCCAGCCUACCCCUUGACUCCCUUUUGUAUAAAAGAGUAUCAAACUUGUAGAAAUAACGAGCAAAGACACAAAACAUUAGUUGAUUAUGACAGUGUAAAUAAGCAAGUUCAGCUAAUUAAAGAUAAUGAAGAAACUUAUAUUAAUCAACCAAACCCAGUUUAUUCAAAUAAUACAGCAGAAGGAGAAUUCACAAGAACAUUGCUUACAUCUUACAUUUCAGAAUGUUUGCCAAAUUAA